GAAGGCGCUGCUGGCGCAGCUCUGGGCGCUGCAGGGCGAGGUGCAGCUCUCGGCCCGCAGGUACCAGGAGAAGUUCGCCCAGUACAUGGCUCACGUCCGCAACUUCGCCAGAGACCUGGGCGACGGCCACGGCCCGGAUGAAGAACAUAAACCACUCACCAUUGUGUUAGAAAGAGAAAAUGACACGUUGGGGUUCAAUAUUAUAGGAGGUCGACCAAAUCAGAAUAAUAAGGAAGAAACAUCAAAGGAAGGAAUUUACGUUUCAAAAAUUUUGGAAAAUGGACCUGCCGACAGAGCAGAUGGCCUGGAGAUUCAUGACAAAAUCAUUGAGGUAAGACAAUAAUAAAAUACCAAUAAGAGACAUGGAAGAAAUAUUUAGACGUUUUAAAUUUCCAAACUUACUGUUUUACCUUGAUGUGGUACUUAUUAGAGUAUAUAUCUAUCUAGAGUUUAUAUCUAAUCUAUAUCAAUUGUUAGAUAUUGAGAUAAAAGAAUAAAUCACCUGAAGUUUCCAAAUGUGUUAAUGCGUGUCUCUGCUUUAAUAAGUUGCUGUUCCUGUGAACUGUGAAGAAAGUUGUGUGAUUAUUAAGGGAUUAAUUUUGUAUGACCUUUCAAAAAAUGAUAAAUCUCUACUCAAGAACAUUUUUGAUGAGGAAAUAUUAACUGUCUUUGAGCUUGUGAUUAGUAUGUUACAGGGAGAGUUUGGAAUUGUUUAUACAAUACCUUUUACCAUUUCUUAGUUUCACAUAGUUAUCUUGUUCAUGUAGUUUUCAAUGGGGAAAUUUUUUUUUUUCCUGUUGCAAAAACCUGGUGGGAACUCUUUACUUUCUCAAA